UCUUAAAUCUCGUUCAUCGAAACAACCCCGGAAGUAAAUGGCGGAACUAUAAUAGAGCCGCCUCACGCUUUUAGCUUCCAGUUUUUGGACAUUUAUUUGUUUAUGUAAGUUUGAACUGCCGCAAGGGCGUAGAUGUCUUCAGUAACAACCACCUGGAAAGCUUCGAAGGGACGAUGUGGUCGAUUUGAGCUGCCCAGCGGGAUUGGUGGAGUGAAUGGACGGACGAGUAACUGAGGUUCCUGCUCUCUAACUCCACCGACGCAUGGCCCUGCUGAUCAGCUAGCUGAAACGAAGAUCAUGUUUCUGAAAACAUCCUUCACCACGCUCAUCGUGGGGGUGUUUGUGGUGUAUGUGCUCCACACCUGCUGGGUGAUGUAUGGGAUCAUCUACACCAAACCCUGCGACAGACCCAGAGGAGACAACUGCAUCACACCUUUCCUGGCGGGGAACCCAAAACUACAGUUGAGUAUCUACACAUCGCUGCAGUCAAACGCAGAAGGAGGUCACACACUGAUUCAUAAAGAGGAGAACUUUGAUGUCAGCAGCAAGUUUGAGAGGAUUGUCAACGUCUCUCUUCCUAAGAAAACGCGCAACAAUGGAACUUUGUACGCUUUAAUAUUCGUCCAUCAGGCUGGUCUGAAUCCGUGGCAGGAUCCACGACAGGUCCAUUCAGUGGUUCAGCUCACCACCUACAUGCUCCCAAAGCCCCCGGAAAUCUCCCUGAUUUCUGGAGAAGAUCAAAAGCAGGGUCAGAAACGGGAAGAACAGAAGAAGAAACAACGUGACGGUAACCUAGCAACAGGAGCCGGAGCUAAAGCUGGCGCUGCGUCGUCGCCAGAUCACCCGGUUUCCCACUGGCGCUCCCGUCUCACGCUAAACAUCGUCAGUGACCACUUCCUGUUCGACAGAGAGUACCUCCCAAGUGACGUUCACAGAUACCUCCGAGUAUUCCAGAAUGGGAAAAAGAUGGUGUAUCUACCUCUGCUGUUUGUUGAUGAGCUCAGUAACAGGGUCAAGGACCUGGUGGAAAUCAACGGUACCUCCACGGAGCUGCCCCUGACCAUCUGCUACGACUCCAUCUCUCUGGGCAGGCUUCGAUUCUGGAUCCACAUGCAGGACGCCGUGUACUCCCUGCAGCAGUUUGGUUUCACAGAAAAGGAUGCAGACGAGAUUAAAGGCAUCUUUGUGGAUACCAACCUAUACUUUCUGGCUCUGACCUUCUUUGUCGCUGCCUUUCAUCUUCUAUUCGACUUCCUUGCUUUCAAGAAUGACAUCAGCUUCUGGAAGCAGAAGAAAAGCAUGGUGGGAAUGUCCAGCAAAGCAGUGCUGUGGAGAUGUUUCAGCACCAUCGUGAUUUUCCUCUAUUUGUUCGACGAGCAGACGAGCCUCCUCGUGCUCGUGCCUGCCGGGAUUGGAUCAAUCAUUGAAGUAUGGAAAGUUAAAAAGGCCUUUAAAAUCCAUGUUUUCUGGAAAGGAGGCAGACCAACAUUCCUGUUUGGUAAAUUGGAUGAGUCAGAGAGGAGAACAGAAGAAUACGACACUCUGGCAAUGAAGUAUCUCUCAUACCUCUUGUACCCUUUGUGCAUUGGAGGGGCAGUUUAUGCUCUGGUUUUCCUACGAUACAAGAGUUGGUACUCAUGGUUGAUUAACAGUCUGGUGAAUGGUGUAUACGCGUUUGGUUUCCUCUUCAUGCUUCCUCAAUUAUUUGUCAACUAUAAGCUGAAGUCUGUGGCCCACCUGCCCUGGAAGGCUUUUAUGUACAAGGCUUUCAACACCUUCAUUGAUGAUGUGUUUGCCUUCAUCAUCACCAUGCCAACCUCUCACAGACUGGCCUGUUUCAGAGAUGAUGUGGUUUUCCUUAUUUACCUUUACCAGAGAUGGCUCUACCCGGUGGACAGAACUCGAGUAAACGAAUAUGGAAUUUCAUACGACGAGAAACCCAAAGGGAAGCCUCACAAAGAGUAAAAGAUCUGACGUCUGUUAUCUGGUACUGAGACUUUGCUGACCUCUAGCGGCGAAUUAUGGAAGCGACCGAAUAUCCUCAUAUCACCCUCCUCUUUACCAUGGCUGCUAAAAACUGGAAAAUGAUGGAAAGCCCUUCCACACAGCCAGUGUUUUGGUGUGUCCAUUCAGGGCUUCUGUAGAAACAUGAUGGACUUUAUGGAUGAAGAAGUAUGUGGUCUGUAGAUGGUUGUUUAAGACACAAAAAACUAUUUUGUUGUGUUUUUAUGCUUUUCUGUUCUAAUACAGGUAUGAAUAAUAUUUUUCAACUUUGAUCAAACAUGUCCCGAUGACACUUUAACUGACACCAACAGAGCUGAAUCUAAUGGUCCAGAGUCGGAAAUGACAUUCCUGUUUUCACCAUUCCUGAAGUGCAACAUUUCCAGAGGUCGACUUCUGCUUAUUUAGCCUUUGUGCAGCGAUGAACAUUGUUGUUUUCCAUACAUAAUGGGACUCAAUAAUCUGACAAACAACCAAGAAAACAAAAAUUUGAGAACAUUAUAGCUUCUCUAAUCCCUUCACGCCAUAGGAAUAUGAAUAACUCAACAUGCUGUAACUUCCGCGAAUGCUGUCUAAUUAUAAUUCCUAAAAAGGGUUUUUCUUAAUUUAAACAAUGUUUACUAUCAUAGAUUCCAGUUAACUGAUGUUGAAGUCAUACAUCUAAAAUGACAACACUUUACCUUGGGAACAUAUUAAAAUGACUCAUAAAAGUGAAAUUUAUAAACAUAAAUAAUUUGUGUACGGUAUAUUAGGAACAAUGUCCUGCAGAUGGCAGUCAAAGAUCCAGUAAUGUCUGUAUAAGCUAAAAAAUAAAUUAAUCUUUUUUUUUUUUACCAUGGAGAAUAUUAAAAUUGAUUGACUGUUUCAGAAUAACGUAGAAAGUUUCAGCAAAGGGCGAAGUUGAAUUUGUGUUUUUCCUACCUUGUAUAAUAAUACUUUUUUUUGCUUCACUGUAAAACACGAAGGCACACUGACAGCUGUUAUGUUUGUAAUUUAACGCAUUUAAGUAUUUUUUUUUCCACAUCUGGGCCAAGAAUAUAAUGUUAGUGCCAAACAUACAAAUGAUUCUUUGAACUGUUUGUGAGCAUUGGAAUGUUUUAGGUAGAUACCAACUUUUUGAAAGAAACUGUGAUGGUAAGAUUCAAGGAAAGUAUUAAAACCUUUAAACAUCA